AUGAAAUUUCUGGAGAAUGAAAAACUGAUUGAACUGACGGGGCAACUCUCCGAAGCCACCUUGGGUCAAUCACACCGCGUCAUUAAUGGACGAAUUGAAGCCUACACCAUGAAGCGUGCUGGCAACGACAAGAAGUUUGCACACACGCUGGGACAAAAGUUUAUUGCUGAUUUGGAAGAACAACAGCAACUCUUGCACGAUCUGACGCAAAUGGCAGCCGGCCAAAAAGCUGCCACUAAUGCUGAUGGUACAAGUACAAGUACUACUACUACCACUGGCACUAUUACUUCACUGCAACGGCUGCAACAACAAUCGCAAUCAUCGUCAAAGCCAAAUGAAAAGCCAAAACAAAAACGAAAACGAUCCAAUUCAGCCACUUCCUUUCUAGAAACUAUUAGCAAAAAGAAGCCCAAGACUAGUGGAAGAACGAGAUCCCAAUCGGUCGACAUUACACUGCACACCAACAGGAAUACAUUGGGAGACAUUUCCGAGCUGGCCACACGGAGACUCAUGACGGAUCUCAUUCUGACGCUCAAUGCCUCCUUUCCAGACUAUGAUUUCAGCAAUGCCAAGCCCCAACAAUUUGAAAAACUAAGUCUGGCACGAGUCCAGCGCAGCAUUUCGGAACGUCUUUCCGAAUUGGCAACACUGAAGAAACUUGAUGCCACGGGCAAACUGCCCACCAAUGCAUCCACUGUCGAUUUGGUGGUGGAAAUAUUCAGUGCUCUAGACAGUGUUGUCAGUUUGAAAGAAUGUGACUUUUAUUCCUUUGAAGAUGAAUCCUUUCUUGACGAAUCGGACCACUUGUGGAGUUUUCAUUAUUUCUUUGUCAACAAGUCACUGAGAAGGUUAGUCUUUUUUACCUGCUCGGAACACAUUGACUUUCGCGAGGAAGACCACCACGCUUCGGAAGAAACGGAACCCGAAAUCAUGAUGCCGUCGGAAUCCCAAAUGUUGGAGAAUACGGAAUUCGAUUACUCGAACACGCCAGGCGAUGCGGUGUUUUCGGGUUCGGGCAUGUCGAUGCCGGUCUUUUCCAUCAUGUAG